GUGCCGCCGGCGCGGGCAGUGAGCGCCCCGCUCCCGCCCGCCCGCCAUGGAGGACCGCGCCAACCGGCUGCUGCUGGCGCUGGUGCUGCUCUGCCUCUUCGCCGCGCUGGUGCUGCAGUACGUGUGCCCGGGCAGCGAGUGCCAGCGGCUGCGGCUCCGCGCCUUCAGCCCGCCGCGGGCGGACCCCUACCGGGCCGAGGACGAGAGCCCGGCCCGCUUCGUGCCGCGCUUCAACUUCUCCGCCCGCGACCUGCUGCGCCGCCUGGAUUUCAACAUCAAGGGCGACGACCUGAUCGUCUUCCUGCACAUCCAGAAGACGGGCGGCACCACCUUCGGCCGGCACCUGGUGCGCAACCUGCAGCUGGAGCAGCCCUGCGAGUGCAAAGCCGGCCAGAAGAAAUGCACCUGCCGCCGGCCGGGCCGCCGCGAGACCUGGCUCUUCUCCCGCUUCUCCACCGGCUGGAGCUGCGGGCUGCACGCCGACUGGACCGAGCUCACCAACUGCGUCCCGGCCGUGGUGGACAGCAAGCGAGAGGCCAAGCGCCGACCGGCCAGGAACUUUUACUAUAUUACAAUCCUGCGUGACCCUGUGUCCCGAUAUUUGAGUGAAUGGAGACAUGUCCAGAGAGGAGCAACGUGGAAGGCUUCCUUACACGUGUGUGAUGGAAGAUCUCCAACUACUGAAGAGUUACCCAGUUGUUACACAGGGGACGACUGGUCAGGCUGUUCCCUUAAGGAAUUUAUGGAUUGUCCGUACAAUCUAGCCAAUAAUCGGCAGGUCCGCAUGCUGUCUGACCUGAGCUUGGUUGGAUGUUACAACUUGUCUGUCAUGCCAGAAGAGCAAAGAAAUAAGGUUCUUCUAGACAGUGCAAAAGAGAACCUGAAACGUAUGGCUUUCUUUGGCCUUACGGAGUUUCAAAGGAAGACUCAGUAUCUGUUUGAAAAAACUUUUAACAUGAACUUCAUCGCGCCAUUCACACAGUAUAAUAGCACAAGGGCCUCUAGUGUGGAAAUAGACGAGCAGACUCAAAAACACAUCGAGACCCUCAAUUUUUUAGACAUGGAGUUGUAUGAUUAUGCAAAAGACCUUUUUUUGCAAAGGUAUCAGUACAUGCGACAGAAAGAACACCAAGAAGCCAGACGGAAGCGCCAAGAGCAACGGAAGAUCCUGAAGGCAAAACAAGCCCACAAUAAAGAACAGAGUGAUGAUAAUUCAACUACUGAUUACAUAGGGAAUGUAGAACGGUGGCGAUAAUGGGGACUGAAAUCUUUUAAGUUAGAUUAGUUGAAUACCAUAAACAAAACCCAUACAACUCAUAGACGACAACGUUAGUCCAAACAAAUUACGCUUCUUAAAUAUUUGAAGCAGAAGAGGUUAAAAUGUUGCCUUUGCAGUUGCCUUUGCAUUAAAUGUUGUACUGUAUGUGGAAAACUUAACCUUACUGUGUAAUUAAAUUGUCCUUUUUAGGUUUGUUGGAUUAUUUAUGAAACACAAGCCAGGUAGGCUCUCCAGAAAUUGUUGCUUGGACAUUUAAAAAAAAAUCCUUAAAUUAGUUCUCAGUAUGAAAUGAGGUGUUGGAAAUGUGACGUGAUGCACUGUUAAACCUCCCUCAGAAGCAAAUUGAUUUUCUAGUAAUGAGCAUUUAACACACGAACACUAUAAAGCAUCCCUGCAAAACCUUUCCGCUUUGAUUUUUUUUAAUUUUAAUUAUAUAUAUCUGACGCCCCCAACUGCUUGUGAUAUUAACCAAAUUACAAGACAAUGAAAUGAACAAUAAAGGCUUAGAAGAAAAAAUUGACUCCUUUUGUGUAUAAUAUUGGCUUUUUAAAAAAACAGAAGUAAUUUGUCUACUUAUAUAAAUAUUUAAUAUUUUAAACUUUUUCUACCUGUUGCAAAGAGUGUUAAGCUUGGUCUAUCUCACGUUAAAAAAGCAACACUACACUUUUCUGAACUGAAAGUCAAUGUUAAGGAUGCUAUUUUCAGAAUUUUUCAGGGCGGUAUAAUUUUAAAUAUUCUGGAAAAAUUAUGUCACAUCUUCAUCUUUCAUGAAGUCUUCUCAAAAUUAUAGUCUUAUAAUAGUAUCCAGUUUUAACAGUUUUUCAUACAUUGGAAUACAUGUUGCAUUUACCAAAUGCUGAAUAUUGGGUGAUUUAAGACAGGAGAGUCUUUCUAAGAAAUUAUCUUGUGAAUGUUUGUAUAGUGUCUGUCUAAAAAAAAAAAAGAAAAAAAAAACCAAAAAAACCCAUCUCUAAUCCUGGCAACAUUUUUCAAAUAAUUGCUUUGGUUAUUUGUGACCAAUUGGAGGAGAAGUAGAUUUACACUUGAAUUGUGACUUGCUUUUGGUAAAUCUUUACUGCGGAAUGUAAACAUCCGACUCUUUUCUAAUGCUUUAGAGCCCUUUUUAGUGCUGACAGACUGUAGACAAUUAUAAGAGAUUGCAACACAUAUGAGUAUAUAGCCAUAGUUAUACAGUAAAAGAAGGUUGAGUACCUAACCCAAGAAAGAGUGUUACCGAGGCUCUGGAUUUAGAGACCAUUCUGAAAGUACUCCUGACAUGCAGUCUCAUCCGGAGCAGAUCUCGAGGGUGCCUUUUGCUGGCAAUAGCACUUAGAUCAUUUAACUUGAAAGCAGCAAGGUGAUAACGUGAGGGGUAAGGACAAGAAAUGUGAUUUGAUCGUACAAAUCUCUAUGCAAAACAACUGUAAAGAUUCCAGUUAUAAAUUAGGCACGUUUAGAAAUUUGAUAGGUAGCCCACCAUACUCUCAAGCAUUGUACUGACUGGCAAUUUCAAUUUAUGUGCUUGUUAUAUUUUGUGUAGACUUGUGUUAACUUGACUGACCCCCUUGUUAUUGGCGAGUGAGGGAAGCUAUUGGCACGUGGCCUUCCUUGUUCCGAUAUGUAUGAUGCUUACAAUGCUCAUUUCCACUCUAUCCUUUCACCUGGCAUGUUAAAUGCACAAGUGGGGCAGGAGGCAUACAGAUUAGAAGGCUUUAAAACGCACAUCGAUGGCUCCAUGCCUAAGUUGUCUAAAGGUCCAGUUACAUCGGACAUUCUGGUGGUGGUGCUGACUGGGAAAACUGGAAAAGAAUCAAAUGAAUUAUCUUAGCAAUGUGGGAAAUAAUAUAACUUCAUGUGCUGUGCAUUCUUUCUAAUGAGAAGUCCAUUCGCCAAUAUGGUGUCUCCAUUGUAUUUUGGUUUUUAUGGGGGAAAAUAAGCCACUCUUAAAACUGAAAGGCAUUGCUGUAAACAGGUCUUAAACCCAAGCCAGUUGGGAGGCCUGUUGCAAAAGAUGCAUUUUGUUUUUAUGCUGUGGCGUGCAUGGUUUACAAAGACUAGUUGCAUUUUCUUUGUGUAUACUGUUUAUUGUAUAUAGGGGAUGUAUGAAUAUAAGGAUAUAAGGUUUUGUCAUAAACAUAUAAAUUCUACUGGUUUCCACUGUAGACUGGUGUCUUAUUGUGUAGAUUUACAAACCGAUCCACUGACUUUGAUUGUGUAAUUUAACAAUAGAACCAAUAAAUAAAAUUUAAUUAA